AUGCCCUCAGGUACAGACACUCCUGAGGAUUGUUUCUUAGUGUAUGCAUGGGGGUUCGCAGCCCGUUAUGUCGAUACCGCGCAAUAUGGACCUCCCUACUUUCUCCGCGGAAAUUCGCGCUGCUGCUUCACUACAUUUGACUCAGGGCCCAGUUCUGUGUUAUCGUGGCCAGUCCGUCAUCGGUUUGCUGCAGCGAAAGCGGCGCAAUUAGUUCUCGAGUGUUACGGCCGUAGUGGAAGUGGCGUGAACGAACUUAUUGGCGUGUGCCUUGCUCAGAUGCACGACCUGGUGGCGGCAUGUGCAAAGGACUCCGUAAUGACACUGCAUAUGCGUCAUGGUUCCAACAGUAAAGGAGAGGUGUCGUUUCGUGUGGGAAUGCAGAGACUGUUCACCCUGACGCUCCGAGCUACGCGUAUCGCGAUUGAACCAAGCUCGUUGCAACCAUCCUUAGCCUACGUAAAACUCUCAGUCAACGGCCGAGACGAAUGGGACGGUGGCUCCUGUGUCUGCUGCGGCCGCGGUACCUCUUCUUCCAUAAAAUCGGAGCUAUUACGGAACAACACUGGGGACCGGGUGGUACUUCCGCUCCUGCAGUGGCGAAGUACACUUACGGGUAAUGCUGGUUCCGUUGAUGGCGAAAUCUACGCAACAAGUGGUGGGUCCCUUGGCCAUUUUUCUAUUGUCUUUCCCGACGCCGUUGUGGCUGCCCUCUUAAAUGGGGAGAGCAGUUCUCACUUCGCUUUUAGCGCCCCCGUGAAGGCGGCUGCUGCUGGUUUGCGGGCGCUGUUCAGUUGUGUGGGUGAAGUAACGGUGCUGACGGAUUGCCCAAUGUUAACCUUGUAUUGUGGGACAAGUGCCAGCCCCGCUGGUAAUGUUACGAACAGCUUGAGCGGUGUGGAGAGGAGCAUUCUGCAGGGAGUGAGUGGUGUUUGGCCUUCUGGUUUGUCUCUGUUGGAUAGCGUGCUUCAUCAGCAACAGGGGCGACUGGUUCAGAUACGCGAAAAUAUCGAAUGGGUAAGAAAAAGCAAAGGGGAUAUCGAGCAGAAAUUAGAGGAAUUAAAAUGUCGGGAAGCCUCGAGAAAUUCUGGGGCCUCAAUUGGUUCUUCCAUGAGGAGAGACAUCGAAAAGGAACUGCAUGCCUGCCUUGAACGACGGCGGAUACUUGAGGAUGCGCUUACCCGAGUGAGACAGAGAAGGGAUGCUGCUAAGGGCGAGUAUUUAUCUCACUCGAAAGAGCGGGCUCAGGAGCUGCAGGCGUUUCUGGAGGAGGAUGCGCAUGUGCAACGUAUGCUUGAAGAUGUCGGGCGUACACAGUCGAAAUUACGUAGUUUUGUCUCAUUUGAGGAUCAAAUGGAGGAAAGGAUGCAACGUUUUGCUACAGAGCAGCAAGAACUGGACAACUUCGAUGCGAACGUGCUAGAAUGUGUGAGGCAGUUGAGGAAGAACUUUUCUUGA